GAUCCCGUCUCCCACAAGUGUGGAAGCACAAGAGUUGAGAUGACGUUCAUCGCCAAGACCUUCUACGACCUGAGAGCCACCACACUGGAGGGAGACCCGGUGGACUUCAACGUGUUCAGGGGACGGGUGGUCCUGAUAGAGAAUGUGGCCUCGCUCUGAGGCACCACCACCCGGGACUUCAGCCAGCUCAACCAGCUUCAGAGCAAGUACCCCCAUCGGCUGGUGGUCCUGGGUUUUCCUUGUAACCAGUUUGGAUAUCAGGAGAACUGCACCAAUGGCGAGAUUCUGAAUUUACUGCAGCAUGUGCGUCCAGGUGGUGGCUUUCAGCCAAACUUCACCAUCUUUGAGAAGUGUGAUGUCAAUGGAACAAACACGCAUCCUGUCUUUGCCUAUCUGAAAGACAAACUCCCCUAUCCUGAUGACGACCCCUACUCCCUCAUGCAGGACCCCAAAUUUCUGGUGUGGAGUCCCAUCAGCAGGAUGGACAUCUCUUGGAACUUUGAGAAAUUUCUCAUUGGGCCAGAGGGAGAGCCCUUUAAAAGAUACAGCAAAAUGUUCCCCACCAUUGACAUAGAGCCUGACAUUCAAAGACUGUUAAGAUUAACUAAGACCUAAGAAUAGCCUCCACAUGUUAAUGACUUCUCAUCCAUAACAGUCAAAGCUGAUAUGCUGUCCUCCACACUUUUAAACCUUAUUAAAUGAGGGUGAUAUUCUGAAACUCUGUGGGAAUAUUACCUGAGGCCCUAUAAGUGUUUAAAAGUAGUGGAUGAAUAGAUUCAAUAUAUGUUUCAUACUUUCAAACUUAUGUUAAUGGACAAAGAUAAAUCUGCACAACAGCAGA